CAGCAGCGUCUCUCACAGUGAAUCCUGACAGAGUUCAACACUUCACAUCUGACUCUGUUUCACUGAACUGUGGAGGAAACUCUGCUGAGUGGAGAGUGAUGAGGUUUACAGAAACACAUCAUCUGUCACGCUGCUCCUCCUGGGGGAGAAUGACUGGAUCCUCAUGUAACAUGAACAUGAACCACAGUGGAGUUUACUGGUGUGAGUCUGGAUCAGGAGAGUUCAGCAACACAGUCAACAUCACUGUACAGAAUGAUGAUGAUGGCGUCAUCCUGGUGAGCCCCGUCCAUCCUGUGACUGAGGGAGCUUCUGUCAGUCUGAGCUGCAGACUGAGAGAACAAAACACACUUUCCAGUGUUUCUUUCUAUCACAAUGACAAACUUCUCCAACAUGAUGGCAGAGAGGAGCUGAACAUCUCUGCAGUGUCACAGUCAGACGAAGGUUUCUACAAGUGUCAACAUGCAGGAAAGACGUCACAACAGAGCUGGAUGUCAGUUACAGCUGUGUCCAGACCUGAAAGCUCUUCAUUUCCUGUGCUGUUGAUGGUUGGAUCAGUUAUUGGAAUCAUAUUAUUGAUUUUCCUGGUUUUGUUGUGUCUCUGCAAACGGUCCAAGGAUGUAUGUUGUAACAGGUCUAAUCAGAUUCUGAACAUCGACCGAGUCUCUGCUACACAACAGUCAGUCAACGAGAAUGAAACUCAGGUUUAUUCCUCUCUCCUUCAUGGUCAGUCCUACAAAUAAUGUCUCAGUUUGUAAUUGUUACGUAGCUGGAGCUUCAUAAAUCAGGCAAUACGGAUGUUAUUAAACUUUUACUUUAAAGUUGAAGUUAACACAAACAACAAACGCAUCACAUCUAGUUUAACACAGAACAGUUUGUCCUUCCACAGUUUCCA